AUAUACCAGAAAACCAUACAACAAAACACAUAUAUCAGGUAUAGUCUUACAAAUUAAAAUUUUGAGAAGGUAAAGUGAAAGUAGAGUACAUGAAUGAGGACCUUACUUUUAUCUCAAUUGAAAGAAAGAACAAUGUGUAUGUCAUGACUUUGAUAAUAAUCACGAUGUAAAAGAAAAAAAAAAAGCUCAUUGCCUAAGUAGAAUUUCUAUGAUAAGGCCUAAUUCCCCUUGCUUGUUACUUUUAUUAUUAAUAAAGGUCCUCUAGGCAUAGUAUCUAGUGGUAUAAAUUCGUAAAAAAAAAAAAUAGAAAUGAUGUUGAUAAUCAUCACCACCAUGUCCUUGUGCUAGCGCCUAUCUUUUAUGUUCUAUUUUCUAAACAUUCCAUGUUUUCUUUCACUAUAUAAAUCACACUUCCAAUUGUCAUUUCUAGUUUGGUUUUCAAUUCCCUCUUUAGCAAAAUGGCACAUUUACCUCCUAGAGUGCCAAUGCCACAAAAUUGGCCUGAUUUUUCAGCACACCAAAAAACCGAAACAAUCACCACUGCCAGUCAUCACCAUAACCCGUCAUGGGUAGAUGAAUUCCUCGACUUCUCCUCAUCAAAACGAGGGUCUCAUAGGAGAUCCAUAAGCGAUUCCAUCGCGUUCCUUGAAGCACCAAUGGUCGAAGAAUGCCGAAUCAGGCUAUCAAGUUCGGGCGCGCCUGAAUUCGAGCGAUUUGAUGAUGAACAACUUAUGUCUAUGUUUAACGAUGAUAUUAAUGCUGUAGAAAACAACUCUAAUCCUUCGUCGCCUUCAGAUCAUAACAGCAUUGUUCACGAAGAUAAGAAAAUGCAGUUGUCUACGGACGAGCAGCAGCAGAAACAACAGCUGCUUAAAGUUGAACCUGAGGAAGUUGAAAGUUCAUGCAAGUCUGAUAAUGAACAAACUGCUGCUGAUCAGCAUGUAAAUGUUGAUACUUCUAGCGAAAAAAUCGUCGAUCCAAAGAGAAUUAAAAGGAUCUUGGCAAACAGACAAUCAGCACAAAGGUCACGGGUGAGGAAAUUACAGUACAUAUCAGAGCUAGAACGUAGCGUUACUACACUUCAAGCUGAAGUUUCAGUAUUGUCGCCAAGGGUUGCAUUUUUGGACCACCAACGAUUGGUUCUAAAUGUUGACAAUAGUGUCCUCAAGCAAAGAAUUGCAGCUCUUGCCCAAGAUAAAAUUUUUAAAGAUGCUCAUCAAGAAGCAUUGAAGAGAGAAAUAGAGAGGUUAAGGGAAAUUUAUUACCAACAGAAUCUAAAGAAGUUGGAAAAUGAUGAUGAUGAUCAGCCAACAAAGACACAAACAGCAGCAGCUGCUGAUGCUAAUGGCUCUGAGAAGAAAGAACAGCUAGUCAACUGAUCAAUGUUUUUCUGAUCCUACAGUUAUAGGAAAAAAAAAAACAAUGUAUCUUAAGGAGAAGCACUAAGCAGAUUCAUGUGGUAUUUGGACCCACCAAGAAAGUUUCUUAUUAUGGAGGGGGACAGGAUAAGGUCACUUGAAUUCUUGCAUUGAACUCUCAUUUUUAGGGGACCAUAUAAACAAGUUAGUUUGUUUUUCUGCUUAGGGAUGGGUGUGUAAUUACAAUCAUUAUUAUUAUUAUUAUUUAUCAAUCUAUUUUUAAAAUUUAUUUCUUCAACUACCUUCAAAAAAAUUUAUUGUUGGAAGGGUAAUGUGGAGUUCUUGUAUUGGGAUGUAUGAGAGGGAAAAAAGGGAUUAUGGACUUGUCAGUUAGCUGUUUGAUGUCAGAGAUUAUGGCACUUUCUUUUUUAUCAGUGUCUUUUGUUGUGACUUGUGAGUGGUGGGUUAUUCUUUUUAUCUUGUUACUAUGUAUUAUUCUCUCUAUCAAGGAGAGCAAUAAAAUUGAUAAAUGUAAAUAUUCCUUUCAUUUUAUUUAUAUUGAAUCUCAAUUGUGAAUUA